GGGCGGGGCCUCGCUGCUCUGACAGCGUAGAGGUUAGGAUGGCGACACACUGCUCAUCUCUGUUCCUCCACAACGUAUAGAUGCUAACUGGAUGAAUUGGAUUUGUGAGUCAUCGGUGACCUCCAUCAACACUUCUCUUCUCCAGAGGCAGAGCCAUGCGCCUGUGGAUGUGUGUGUUUUCUGCGCUGAUCCUAUGCGAAGAUGGGAAAGCGAAGGGAGCGUUCACUCCGCCUGGACAUCCUCUGCAUAUCAAUGACGGCAACUUUUCAGACCGGGAUCACAUGAAACAAGAGGCUUUUCAGAACCAACAAGUGCUGCUCCCGCUGUCAGAUCCUGCUUUUAACCUGAAGGUCCAGGUGAACAACGUGCUGAGUCGUGAGUCCCUGAGCCAGGCGCUGGUGGAGGUCUACAUCAACUACACCCUGUUCACCACUGCCCUCACUGGGGGGGACGGCGGCAUUCUGCUUCACGUUCCUUACCAAACUGGGACAACAAUCACACUUGUGGCCAGUAAGGAUGGCUAUAUCUGCACACUGCUCCCGUGUAAAACCGACCCAAUGCCAAUAUUUUCCUCCUUGACCAUGUCACUGCUUGGUCUGAACCAGGGGAACAUCUGGCUCUAUGAUGAUUCCGUCCUGAUCACUGGCAAAACAUCUGAUGAUUCAUCAAAGCCCGUUGUCCAGUUUCCCAAGAGCCUUCUGAAUCUGAGCGACAGCAGUAAUGCCACGGCUGUCAGAGCCUACCUGACCGUCCCAAAGCUGCCGGCAGAGGAGGAUGGCUUCCAGAACACUCUGGGCAUCAUGAGCACUAAAUCAGGAUACGUUGGUUUGGAGUUGAGUCCGGUGGCAGCUGUCAGUGUGCAGCUGUUCUCAGGAGACACUGAGUUACAUGUGAGGGGGGGGGGCAUUCAGAUCAGCCUCAGCAUUCCUGACAGCCGCGGACUCCAGACCUCCGAUGUUGUUCCGGCCUGGUUCUUUAACCGGACUACUGGUGGAUGGAUGAGGAAGGGGCUGGGGACAGUGGUCUCAGUGGAGGGGAAGCUCAUGUGGACAUUCACUGCUCCUCACCUGGGUUACUGGAUCGCAGCGCCUUUAUCACCCAAUAGAGGUUUCUUUGGACUUGCCAUCCCCAUUGACUUCAUCUUAAACCAUUCAUCUCUCCUGAUGGUUGUCCUGGGAGGGAUGCUUGUUAUUAUCAUCUGUCUUCUGGUUGGGUUAUUAUGUAAUCGCAGCUCACUGGGAGGGCAAAACAUAUAUCAAAAUAUAUCUCUAUCCUCUAGACGUUCGCUCAGUGAACCUAAAACCAAGAAGAUCCUACCAGCGGUGAGAAGAGACAAAACCACCUCCACAUGUGAUGAUGAAUUCUUUGAAGAAGCUUCACUAGACUCCUCUCAUCCACAGAAUGGACUGAACCAAACCAUUACAGGGAGGGGGGAUAAUCGGCACAAUGGCAAUGUCAUAGCCAACCCCAAUGCCGUGGCCAUUCGGGUGGAGUGUGGCGGAGUGGAGCUUAACCCUGACCUGAACGAUCUGAUGUGUCUGCAUGACCCUACGGAUCAGAUCAGGGCUCCCGUCUCUCUGGCUGAGAAUUUGUUCUUCUACAACCAGCCCAUUGCCAUUCUUCACGCCCCGGCAUUCUUCCAUUUGGAGGAACAGGCCCAGUGGAGCAAGUCGGCCGCUUCAGAUCCACUGAGUAAAGACGAGUUCUCCCAGGCCCCGGCAAAAGGUUCCUCUGCCACCCAGAACCAGGAAGUGGAAACUGAGGACCAGUCCGAGGUUCUAGAGGAGGCAUCAACUUCCUCCAACACAUCCAGCGGUCACUUCAGCCUCACGGAGUCAGCGUCGGUCCCAGGAACGUUGAAUAAAAUCCGGGGCAGCAGACGCUCCGUGCCCGCCUUGGGAGAGCUUUCUAAAAUCCCAUCGACGCAGUCUCCAAGGGCCUGGUUUGUAUCGAUGGAGGGCAAACCUGCAGCUGAGAUCCAUUACGCAGUGUCUGAUCAGCAGAGGAGACGGGGGCCGGCCGACAGUCGAGAAACCAGCUUAGACUCAGGAGUGGACAUGAGCGAACUGAACCAGCCGUCUGGAAGGAGGGCUGUACCACUGGAGCGCAAAAACACUUUCAUCAAAAGCUCAUCCAGCAGUACACAAGGACCGCCACAGUAGAAACAGCUAUCUAAGUUCAUACAAACAGCUAUGGCAUGUCAUUUAUUUAACUCAUUGCUAAUUGUUUUACAUUAAAGGUGCAAUGUGUGAGAUAUUCACAUUGCAGAAGUAUCAUUUAAAACAUUAAAACAAUUAACAAAAAUCAACAGAAAGUGAAGAGAUAACAAUAUUGACAUUGUGUCAAAGACGUCUAUGUUUUGAGUUGCAGAUAUUUCUAAUGAAAUUAGCAUGCUUUGGUGGGAAAAAUGAGAGUUUGCCACUUUUGACAUUGUUUUAUACAGAUUCAUGUUUUCCAAAUAUUUGUACAUCUCCCAGGGUUACCGCAUGCUCUGUUCCCUUGCAGAUUGGUCUCCAGGUGGCAAGAGGACAGGAGAAUGUGCGGGUCAAUCCCUUGUUUCUUGGUUUAUUCUAAUGACCGAACUAUCAGGGCGUACAUGAACCAAGCCGAGGUCGAUGCCACACAUGAAGACUAUGAGAUAGUUGUGUUAUUUUGACCGGCUCUCACAGUAAGGUUUUUAAAUGACUGAUCAAUUUAGAUUAUAUGGACCCAUAGGACAGGUGAAAUACUGGCACCUAUAUCUGUGGGGCAUGGCAAGGUGCCGAUCCAGGUUUAGGGUUAGAGGCCCAUCAGAUUCCACACAGUGUGUGUGUGGAAGCUGUUGCACAUGUACACAAUUGUAAAAUGUCUUUAACCAGUAACAUACUCCAUUUUGCAAAGUGUCAGUGAUCAUUUCCUACCGAUGAGUUACAUAUUACCCUAUGUAUCUGCCUCCAACGGGACAGAGACACAAUGUGAUUGAGAUUAAUGAGGUCAGAAUAACAGACGGACUACCAUGGCUAACUGAACAUGAUUGAACUCUUGUUAUUUUAACAAUGUUCUUUAAUUUGUAUUUGAUUUGCAUAUUUGUUUAUGCAUGUUUUUUGUGUACAUCAUCAUGAAGUGAAUCAUUUCAUUAUAUUUUAAUCAAAUAAAACUGACCU